GUACAAUGUAUUUGGAAAUCGAAAUCGACGAGAGUGGUGGGCGCGGGCGUGGGCGUGAGCGCGAGCGGGGCAGGGAGCGCCAGCCCCGUGAGGCUGAGGAGGACGAGGAGCAGCUCAAGAUGAGGCUGGACAGAAGGCCCGAGCGGGACACGACCAAGACGCGCCUGCUGCGGAGGAGGCACCGCCACCGGAGGGCGAGGCUCGAGAGACAGAGUGAUGGGAGCGCCAGCUUCCUGCGGGCGGCACGGGCGGGGAACCUGGAGAAGGUGCUGGAGUUCCUGAAGACCAACACGGACAUCAACACCUGCAAUGCGAAUGGGCUGAAUGCACUACACCUGGCCAGCAAGGAGGGGCAUGUGAAUGUGGUACGCGAGCUGCUCCAGCGUGGCGCCAAUGUGGAUGCCGCCACCAAGAAAGGGAACACAGCUCUUCAUAUUGCCUCCCUUGCUGGUCAGGAGGAGAUUGUGAAGGUGUUGGUACAGCACCAAGCUCUGGUCAACAUCCAGUCCCAGAAUGGCUUCACACCGCUCUACAUGGCAGCCCAGGAGAACCACGACAGUGUGGUGCGCUUCCUCCUGGCCAACAAUGCCAAUCAGAGUCUUGCCACCGAGGAUGGGUUCACUCCACUGGCAGUUGCCCUGCAGCAAGGACACGACAAGGUGGUAGCAGUGUUGCUGGAAAAUGAUACUAGAGGGAAGGUCCGCCUCCCUGCUCUUCACAUUGCUGCUAAGAAGGAUGACACAAAGGCUGCUGCUUUGCUUCUUCACACCGACCACAACCCAGAUGUCACCUCUAAGUCAGGGUUCACUCCACUGCACAUAGCCUCCCACUAUGGCAAUGAAAACAUCGCUAAUCUCCUCAUCCAACGUGGUGCUGAUGUAAAUUAUAUUGCCAAGCACCAAAUUACACCUCUACAUGUGGCCUCCAAGUGGGGCAAAGGAAACAUGGUGUCACUGUUAAUAGACAAAGGAGCGAACUAUGAGGCUAAGACCAGGGAUGGUCUCACGCCCCUCCACUGUGCUGCCAGAUCCGGCCAUGAGGCAGUGGUGGACAUGCUCCUGGAGAAAGGGGCUCCAAUAACCAGCAAAACAAAGAAUGGCUUGGCCCCACUACACAUGGCUUCUCAGGGGGAUCACGUUGAUGCCGCCCGAAUCCUUCUCUACCACAAGGCUCCUGUCGAUGAUGUCACAGUCGACUUCCUCACUGCUCUUCAUGUUGCUGCUCACUGUGGACAUGUCCGAGUGGCCAAGCUGCUGCUGGACCGUAAAGCUGAAGCCAACGCACGAGCUCUCAAUGGCUUCACUCCCCUCCACAUCGCUUGUAAAAAGAACAGGAUCAAGGUGGUGGAAUUGCUCCUCAAGCAUGGCGCCAGCAUUGAGGCGACCACAGAGUCAGGAUUAACUCCCCUCCAUGUGGCUUCCUUCAUGGGCUGCAUGAACAUUGUGAUAUACCUGCUCCAACACUCUGCCACUGCUGAUGUGCCAACUGUACGAGGAGAAACACCUCUCCACCUUGCCGCCCGGGCCAACCAGACCGACAUCAUCCGCAUUCUGCUGAGGAAUGGAGCACAGGUGGAUGCCAGAGCCCGGGAACAACAAACUGCACUGCACAUUGCAUCCCGCUUGGGCAACAGCGACAUUGUGGUGCUGCUUCUUCAACAUGGGGCUGCUGUUGAUGCCACCACCAAGGACCACUACACAGCCUUGCACAUUGCUGCCAAGGAGGGCCAGGAGGAGGUGGCCAGUGUGUUGUUGGAGCAUGGCGCCUCCCUUACCUCCACCACCAAGAAGGGAUUCACACCCCUCCAUCUGGCGGCCAAGUACGGAAACAUGAAGGUUGCUCGCUUGCUGCUUCAGAAGGAUGCUCUUGUUGAUGCUCAAGGGAAGAAUGGUGUCACUCCCCUUCAUGUGGCAGCUCACUACGACCACCAGAAUGUGGCACUGCUGUUGUUAGAUAAGGGAGCCUCCCCUCACGCCACUGCCAAGAACGGCUACACACCUCUCCACAUUGCUGCUCGCAAGAAUCAAAUGGACAUCGCCACCACCCUGCUGGAGUAUGGGGCCAGUGCCAAUGCUGAGUCCAAGGCUGGCUUCACACCACUUCAUCUGAGCUCUCAGGAGGGUCACACUGACAUGGCCACACUCCUGAUUGAGCACAAUGCUGCACCAGGUGCUUGUGCUAAGAAUGGACUGACGCCACUACACUUGUGUGGCCAGGAGGACAGAGUCAAUGUUGCUGCCAUCUUAGUCAAGCAUGGUGCUCAGAUUGACCCAGUGACAAAGGCUGGCUACACACCACUGCAUGUCGCCUGUCACUUUGGGCAGAUGAACAUGGUGCGCUUCCUCCUCCAGCACGGAGCCAAGGUCAACUCCACCACUCAGCUUGGCUACACACCACUCCACCAAGCAGCUCAGCAAGGCCAUACCCAGAUUGUCAACUUGCUGCUAGAAAACAAGGCCGAACCAAACACGGAGACAAACGACGGCAAGACGGCGCUAAGCAUUGCUCAGCGUCUCGGCUACAUCUCUGUAGUCGAGACGCUGAAGAUAGUCACUGAGACCACCAUCAACACCACCACCACCACUACCACUGAGGAGAAGUACAAGGUGGUGGUGCCAGAGACAAUGCAUGAGACCUUCAUGAGCGAGUCUGAGGAUGAGGGAGGUGACGACACUAUGGUCUCCUCCAUGUUCGGUAAGCCGCAGCACGUCACCCUCCCGUACUAUGAAGGACAGUUUCGCUACACCAGUGAUGAUACAAUGUUGGGUGACCAGUCAUAUCGCUAUCUCACUGUGGAUGAGAUGAAGUCACUUGGCGAUGAUUCUCUCCCAAUUGAUGUGACAAAGGAUGAAAAGAUGGACAUGUCCUUCAGCAGCAACCAAAUGGCAGCUCCUCCUGUUGCUCCAGCAGAUCACUUGAGUCCCCAGCACCAGAAGGAGCACUAUGCCCAGAUGACAGCCAGCUAUCCCGCUGACAAUGUGGAUGUUGGCAAGACACCCAUUCUUGCUGGACCCGAGUCCCUGAACACCACUCUCAACACAACCAUUGACUCAGCCAUGAUUGAGGCUCAGAUUGAGCCUCAAAUUAUCCAGACCAAGUUGGCUCCUCAGCAAAUGGUUGAGAACAGCACAGACUUAGCCAACAGUGGGUCUGUGUCUGAAAAGGCAGCAGAAAUUCUCAAUGGGUGGGAAGGGUUCCUGGUGAGCUUCAUGGUGGAUGCCCGGGGCGGAGCCAUGCGAGGCUGCCGCCACUCUGGUGUGCGAGUCAUCAUCCCACCUCGCAAGGCUGCCAUGCCCAUGAGGGUCACUUGCCGCUAUCUGAAGAAGGAUAAAUUGGUCCAUGCUCCUCCCCUGAUGGAGGGUGAGGCGCUGGCAUCCCGCAUCCUGGAGAUGGGUCCUGCAGGUGCCAAGUUCUUAGGCCCUGUGAUCAUUGAGGUGCCACACUUUGCCUCUCUGCGUGGGAAGGAGCGUGAGAUUGUGAUCCUUCGUUCUGACAAUGGAGAGACGUGGCGAGAGCACACCCUGGAGGCCACAGAAGAGGCGGUGCAGGAGGUCCUCAACGAGAGCUUUGAUGGAGAAGAGUUGAAACAACUGGAAGACCUCAACACCAAUCGCAUCACUCGGAUCUUGACCACUGACUUCCCUCAGUACUUUGCCAUUGUGACUCGCAUCAGACAAGAGGUUCAUGCGAUUGGUCCAGAGGGAGGGAUGGUGUCAUCCACUGUGGUGCCACAGGUGCAGGCUGUUUUCCCUCAAGGAGCUCUUACCAAGAAGAUCAAAGUUGGACUUCAGGCUCAGCCAAUCCCGACUGACUUGGUUGCUAAACUCUUGGGCAACCGAGUAGCUGUCUCUCCAAUAGUGACUGUGGAGCCACGCCGCCGCAAGUUCCACAAGCCCAUCACCCUCACCAUCCCAGUGCCUCAAGCCUCCAGCAAAGGCAUGAUCAACCAAUACUCGGGUGAGGCACCCACCCUGCGCCUCCUCUGCUCCAUCACGGGGGUGUUUCGGAAAAGAUCUUUGAAAGGCGGCACAACCCGUGCCCAGUGGGAGGAUGUGACAGGUUCCACACCUCUCACCUUUGUCAACGACUGUGUCAGCUUCACUACCACUGUCUCGGCAAGAUUCUGGCUCAUGGACUGUAGCAACAUACCAGAAGCAACCAAAAUGGCAACUGAACUGUACCGUGAGGCCAUCCACGUACCUUUCAUGGCCAAGUUUGUUGUGUUCAGUAAGAGGCAUCAGCUGGAAGAAGCAAGAAUGAGAGUGUUUUGUAUGACAGAUGAUAGAGAAGAUAAAACUCUGGAGCAUCAGGAGCUAUUUGUGGAAGUUGCCAAAUCUCGUGAUGUUGAAGUUUUGGAAGGUAAACCACAGUUCCUAGAAUUUGCUGGAAACCUAGUUCCAGUAACCAAGUCUGGAGACCAGCUUGCCUUCAACUUUUAUGCGUUCCGUGAAAACCGCCUUCCAUUCACUGUCCGUGUGAAGGAUCAACACGCUGAUCCCAUUGGUAGAGUGGCAUUCAUGCGGCAGCCAAAGGACGGGUGUUGGAGGAAGGCUUCACUAAUCAGCCUGAUAAAGCCUCCUGUGUUUCAGGUUGGGCGUGGUGAUCCCCCUCAAACCCCCAUCUGUAACCUCAACAUUGCCCUGCCUGACAACAUCCAACCUGAACCUGCGCCCUCAGAGCCUGACCUCCUUGCCUUGGAGAAGAAAUACUCUUUCUUAUCCAUUAGCAAAGCAGACACCAUCCACAGGGCAAACCUUCGCCUCACAGACAUCUCCAACAUGCUGGGUACUGACUGGGUGGCUCUUGCACAUGAGCUGGAAGUCACUGACUCUGACAUCAACAUCAUCAAGUCCCAGUACCCAGACAAUGCUCCUCAGCAAGCCAUUGUCAUGCUCAGACUUUGGAUGCAAACUGCAGGAAACAAGGCUUCUGGGAACACUGUUGGGAAGGCUUUGCGAAAGAUCAAUCGUGAAGACAUUGUGAAGCAGUGCAUCUUCAAUGUGGAAGUGGUCACUGAUGACAUUGAAAGAGCGAUGGCAAAGGCACACUUCGACCAGUCUGGGUUUGACACCUUCAAAGAUGAGCUUGGCCCUUCAAGGGAUGCAACACUUAACAGGGACGUCUCCUUGGAUGUCUCAUAUGAUGAGCAGGACAUGAUGAAGCGCUUUAAGGAAUUGAGGGAAGCAGAGAGUGCAGAGGAGGAAGAGGAGAACCAAAGAGCAUACCACGACAAGAGCAGUCGGGAGCAGCACACUGCAGACUUAUCACCAACUUACGAGAGUGAGGAGAAGAAAUAUGCUGGUGAGGAAAAAGUUGUCACUGAUGAGAAAGUGACCAAGGAGGAAGCUGCUGAUGAUUCCACCACUUUUACUUCAUUCACUGCCACAUCUACACCAAUUAAAAAAGACACCAAGGAAGAAGAAAAACUUGAGGCAGAAAAGAAAGAUAAGGCUUCAAAGCCAACACAAAUUGUCCCUGACACUCUUCAAGAAAGCAAAGAACAAACCACUGUCACUGAUAAGGAUGCUAAAAAACCUGCGGAAGAAUCAGUGACAAAGGAAAGCAUUUCCAAAGAGCAACCAGAAAGUGUGGAGAAGGGAAAACCUGCUACCAUUGUAAAAGAAGAAAUUAAAGAGAAAGAAAUUGAUACAACACCUGUGGUUAAGGAAAAAGUAGAGCUUGAAGAGAAAAAGAAAGAGGAUGAGAAGCCAGAGGCUUCACAAAAAGAGCCUGAGAAAACUGUCACUUCAACAACAAAAACAGAGGUGGUUGGUGGGCCUGGAGAUGUCACAACAGUCACUACAGAGACAAAAUCUUACACAACAGCUGAUGAUGGAUCUGUACAAGAGCAUAUUGUUGUGAAGAAACAAACCACCAAAGUUGUUGAUGGAAAGGAGAUGGAAGAGGACAAAUCAGCUAUUCUUCAGAAACUUGGAGAAGAACUUGGCAAACUGGAUGAGCAGCUGGAGGAAAAAUUCAAGAAGAGAAAAGCUGAGAAACCAGAAGUGGUACAAGAGGAGGUGAAAGAGGAGGCAGUAGUUGCACAGCGCCGUGAGGGCCAGACCCAGCCCACCUCACAGGUUGUGGUAGAACACGGCUCAGAGCCACCCACUCUCCCAGCUACCACAACCACCACAACCACCAGCAUCACUCCCAUCCCAGAUGGUUUCACUCAGGCGUCUGUUGAGUCCAGCCAGAUGUCCUCCACACGGGGCACCGCUGAUGUGAGCUUUCCGGGUGCUGAUACAGCAGUAAAGCAGCUUGAUGGAGCCUUAACCCAGCAGACGGUGCCCUGGAUAGAAGAUGGAAGGAUAUCCCAUGAAGACCCACCUCACCAAUCUUCAUACCAUAAGAAGGAACACUCUCAAGCCAUAUCCACAAUCUUACCUGCUGAUAAGGCACACAGCAACCGAACAGAGGAGCGAGGCUGCAGUCCCAUUACUGUGCUGGAGGCAAGACACAAUGCAGAAGAAAUACCAGGAAAACCCCAUGCAAGAGGAAGCUCACACACCAUCACUACCACUACCAGCUGGGGCGCACCUCUCUCAGCAACAACUAAUAUUCAGAUUGAGGAUGAAAACUCGCCUCAUUGCCUACAAUUCACAUUGCACUCUGAGAGUCGUGUCACCCUUCAUGCCUCAAAGGAUGUCAUUCAGGAUAUGCAGCUUGUUAAGCAGCAACAAGAACAGAAGCAGCCACAAGAGUUACAUCAGACAUCAGCAGAAAAGAAGCACCAUGAAGGGACUUCAGACUUUUUAGUUUCAGAGGAGUUAUGUAAAGGAAGUCAAGAUCAAGGAACAGAAGAAAGGUUAGACAAAUCAUUAGAUAUAUCAACCUCUGAAAAAGCUUCAGUAAAAAGUGAGGUGGAAACUUCAGAUUUAAAACACAUUGAGUGUAGGCAAAAGGAUAGUAGUGAUGAAAAAAUGGUGAGUGAAGCUGAAAAAGAAAUUAUACCUUCUGAUAUUACCAGAGUGGAAGAUGCACCAGAAUUUGAUUCCACUUCAGUAAUGUUUUUGUCUGAAGACAAAACUGUUCCUAAAGAGACAAUUGCAGAAGAGGCAAAGGGAGUGACACCUGAAACCCUAGAUAAUGAAGCCAUAGCAGCUUCAGUUGAUGAUCAUGACCAGGCAGCAAGUGAAGUCACAGCAUCAUCAGCACACCGUCCAACAACACUCAUGAUAACCUCGAAUUCUAACGAAUCAUCCGAUGAUGCAGAAUGCACAACGAACGACCACACCAGACUUGGUGGGGAAAACGACAUUCCUCAGGAUCCUGAACAAGAAGGAGGUAUGGCAGGCGAAGAAGAAUCUAAACAAGAAGAAUCCGACAAAAAGCAAUCCACAACAGUGAGUGAACGACUGUCUGGUAGUGAGAGUGGUGCUGUGCCUCGCCUUGAGCGCUCCGUGCGCUCCUCACCUCGCACAACCACUUUGGUCAAAGUGAAAGUGGAGAAGAGGCCAGUGGGAAGCCAUUCCCAAGUGCGAGACAGAAACUCGCAUGACCAUAUGACAGUUGUUCGCACCCAUUCUGUGGAGGAAGAAGUACGUGGCUUGAUGCAGGAGGUGAAGGAGGCCACUAGCCAGAUAAAACAGGAAGUGAAAGAGCUGCGGCAGGCAGACACACCCACUCCUGAUACUCCCACUCCUCUUAGGGAGUUCAAAGAAUUUUUAAAUCGAGAAGAGGAACAGGAGCAGGAACGGCUGCCCACAAUAAAAGAAAUAUGCCGAGAAAGUGAGGAGGAUUCUUCUGCCGGUACGGGAGCUCCUAGUAUCUUUGGUAAACGACCAGGAAUAGAAUCCUUCUUCUACAAAGGUUUUUUCCUUCCGUCAGGGACCCAUGAGGCAAGCCAGCCUACUGAGCAUCAGACUUCACUUCCCGAAGAACAAGCCGCCUCCAGCCAACCUACUUCAGGCACCAAGGCAGGCUCAGAUGUGGGAGUGGUGUUUACAGAACGUAAAGAGUAUGGGGGCGGGGUGAAGACAUCUGCAGAGACGACAGGCGGACACUCGCACAUUUCACCCUCACCUGUCCUUCAUCCUUCCCAGAGCAUCCAGUCCUCAUCCUCUACCUCAUUCCAACAAAAACUUCCUUGCACAACUUCUGUAAAUGUUGAAGACAGUCAGAGUUCUCAUGAUGAACCUCAUGUUCCAAGUAGACCAAGUAGAAGGCAUGAACGCACAUUCUCUCAGGCAACUAAUAUCUUUACUGGAGCAAUUCCCACAGAAACAAAGGUUGAGUCAAAGAAAGUUGAAGACAUUAAAGAGGAACAAAUAGGAAUAACUGAAGACAUUAAACCUUAUUCUGAACGUAAACAGUUCUGGGAAAGCGUCACGUCUCAGUCUUUUGAGUCAAAAAGUAGUCAUUUACUGAAAAGUGAAACUGAGAGUGACACUGAUACUACAGGUACCGAUGGAACUGUCCUUGAACAAAAAGUAAGAAAGACCAAAGUUUCUUCAACAGAAAGUAAUGAUUCUGAGUCAGAAUACCUUGCUCAGAGGGUUGAUCCCAGAUUUUAUGAAAAUGCAGGUUUUGCAGGAACUGAAAAGAUUGAUGUAUCUACAGAAUCAGCCAGAGAAAGAACAAUUAGUCCUUUUGAGGUCUUACGCUCAGAAGAACCAACGGAUGAACUUCCUUCACCGGAAGACAUAGCAUUUAAAGAUGUGUCAUCUAAGAGGGCCCUUUUUGAAAAGGAAAUAAAAAGACAGUCAAUGGAAAUUGAAGAGAGUCAGUCAUGGAAGAGAUCUUCAAAGGAAUAUGAUGAGACAUUAGUGGUAUCAGAAGAAACUGCUUCAAGUACUUUGAAAAAGAAGGAAGAGAGGGAAAGUAAAAUUAGUGAAACUAUUGAAAAGGAUAAAGAAAUAAAGAAAAAGUUUGAAAGCAAGAAAGAUGAUUUAUCAAAAACUGAUUUCAAGACAGAAAUUACAUCCAAAAGUGAUAAAUUAAGCAGUGUGGAAGACAGAUCAGAAGUGACAGAAUCAUCUAAAUUACACCAGGAAAAAAUGCAAAAGAAAGAGGAAAAAGUAACAUCUGAAUUGGGGGCUUUGGGCAAGAAAUCUGUUACACAGAGAGAUGCCUCUACUGAAAAAAGGGAAAAGGAAGUAUCUGAAAAGGAAGCAAAAAUAAUUCAUGAGAAGAAGGAUAGUUAUAGUAGAACUUUCUCAAAGUCAGUUUCAAAAUCAGAAGAAAAAACAGAAAGUUCAUCAGAAGCCAAGGAAACCGUCCAUACAUUAUCAACUGAUGACCAAGACACUUCUAAAGAUGAAAUGACAGAGGAAGACAUUACCAGGACUGAGGAGACUUCUGAUGAAGAGCCUGAAGAGAAACUUGCUGCUGAUAAAACAACAGUGGAUGUGACAGAGGAGUCUCGCCAGUUAGGUGAUACUAGAGAAACUGUUGUCAGAGAAACCACAACCACAAGAGAAGGAGACCAAGAGCAAAGAGUUGUCAAGGAAACAAAGACUCAAGAAACAGCAAUGGCUGAUGGCUCAACUAUCAAAACUACCUCAAUUACAACUUUUACAACCCAAUUAGAAACAAAAGAUCAGGAGGAACCCAAACCCUAUUCUGCAAAAACAGCAAAAGAAAAGGCUGAGGCUUAUGUAAAGCAACAAAUGAAAUCUGACAUAUUUUCAGAGGAGCUUUCAUCUUCAGCAGAGGACCAAAGCCCAGAGCAUAAGGUGUUGACUCCAAAAGAUACAAUUGCUCCUGUUUCCCGAGAACAGAAGUCACACCCCUUAUCAAGCCCAAUCUUAGUACCGGAGGAAAAAAUUGAAGAUGUUGUCUGGGAGGUGUCUCAAGAACGAUCUGAAACUGUGUUGUCCGAAACUGUGGAGGACAUUCCUGUUCAACAGUCUUAUGAAACACAACAUGUGAGGGACUUGUCAUCUGAUGAAUCAAGAGUGUUAGAAAAACCACAACCAGAACAAGCAACUGAAGCAACUAAGCAUAAAUUGAGUGAAGAGGAAGCACGAAAACUUGCUAUUGAAAUUGUGGAAGAAGUAAAAACUGAGGCUGUGAAGCGCUCUCCCCUAGUCACUCCAUCACAGACCUUUCAAGAAUUUCCACAAGAACCUGAAGACACCACAGAUGGAGCUACUCAGCCAUCACUACCAAUCCCCAUCCCUGAAUCAGCAUUUACUCAAGAAACAACAUCCAAAAUUGAAAAAUACAUUCAAGAACAGUUAGGGGAAGAGGUGGAUGAAAAGCAGCUAAAGCUCAUUGAGUCAGUGACAGCCAAAAAAACUGAAUUAUUGCACAGAAAGCUUGUAGGUGGUCAGUAUCAGCAGAGUAUGGAAAUAACAGAUGAAGACCUGCGAUCUAGUGGAGCAGAACUCUCACCCAUUGAGCAUCACAUGGAACGCCUUCGCCAGAUGACUGAAGAAGAAGACAACCAGAGAUAUGCCAGAGAACCAUCGGAGGCUGAUGAAAGUGAAAGUUCAAUUAUUAUUCAUGAUACAGUUGAUGAUGUCAUAUCAAGUGAAUAUGAUCAAGCCACCCAGAUGAUUUCAAAAACCUUAGAUUCAAUUAAAACAGCAGAUAUUAGUAGAAUUGAAAGACCCAUAGAUACAAUAGAAGAAUUACCUGAAACUCCUGUUAUGCCCAUAGUGGAAGUUAAAGAACGAAAGAUGUCAGAAGUUCAAGAAGUAGCCAGGUUUAGUGACAGUGACAUUAAGGAAACUGCAAGACAAAUUGUGAAAGAAGUGACUGAAAUAGCAAAAGAGUCUGAGGCAGUCAAGCAAGCAUCACAAGCUGCCGACCUCAAACAGGCACCAGGAAGCCAAGACCAGGCCAAAAGUUGUAGUCCAAAGUCUGGCUCCAAACCAGGAUCUAGAAAAGGUUCCUGGAUGGAUGAUGAAGACUUAACACGAGAAUUUCGUAAAGACUAUGAAGAUAAAAAAAAAAUGUUCAAGGAAGAAAUGACUUCCGAUAAAUCAGACGCUUCUGAUGCAAAAGAUGAUGGAGCUGUGAAAGUUAAACAUCAGAAGAGCAGUGAAUCCCAAAAGGAAGUUCCUAUGGAGUCAAGUAUGACAGAGAGCAUGGAAGAAUCAAGUGCUGUUGAAAGCAUACGCUCCAUUGAGGGAAAAUUAAAGCAAGAAAUUGUACCAGAAAUCAGGGAAGGAGAGACUGAAAAAAAACACGAAGAGCGGUCUAGUAGUAGCCAUGAGGAAGUAGUCAUGAGAAAAAAAACACACAUUGAAGAAUUUAGCAGACGGUCAGGAGCAGAUUUUGAUACAUAUUCCAGUUCUGGAGAGAGUCAUUACUUCACUGCUGCGGAGGGAACAUCAGACAGCCGCACUGCCAGCAGACCUUGCUCUUCUGAUGUAGAAGCUCUAAUGUCUGAGCGCACAGGAACCUCAGAAUAUGACACAGCACUCACUUCACAGGACACUUCACAGUAUUCUAGUUACUCAUCUUCUUCUCGUGAAUACCGUACUGCUGCUAGUUCUAUGAGUUCAAGAGAUUCCAUGAAAUCAAUAGAUUCAGAAAGUUCUGGGAAUCUUGCUAGUGUAGAGCUCAGUGAGGCUUCUGAAACCCUCGUACCCUCUGCAUUGGAGCUUGAAAGAGAUAUGGACCUUUUAGAUCAAGAAAUAAUGGAGGAAGAUCAGUCCCAUUCUACUCAAGCUCAUCCUUCUAUUAUUCCACAACUAACAGUUCAAUCUGAUACACCAAAAUCAGAAGGUGUACCAUGUGCAUUUGACUUGGAGUCUGAUGAAGGAGAGUCUGAGCCAGAAGUGAAGGAGAAGGAACACCAUGUUGCAUCAAGAAUGAAAAGAUCAGUUGAGAUGACAUUCCAUCCUGAGCCAGUACCUAUUGCAGAAUGUAAGAAGGCUGGAGUGACAGGGAGUGUGGCUUCUAGCUUAGAAGAAAGCACUUUAUCUGAAAUGUCAGUAGUGACUGUUGUAGAACGAGAGAGAAGCCUACAGGGCUCAUUUCACUCAGAGUCCAGUAUGACAGCUUCUGCUGUGUCAGAACAAAUGGCAUCAUCAUCAGAAGGUCAACCAGCUGCACACCCCAUCACACGCACAGACAGCGGGGUUCUCACCACUGACACCGGAGAUGGUGACAUGGCCUUGCAUUCUGUAACAAUUACAGCAACAUCUGUUCCAUCAACAACAGAUUCAAGUACAGCUUCAAUGUGCACACAAGUAACAUCUGAGACACGCUCUCAAGCAGAACUUACAGAGAGUGAGCAGUUUUUUCACGCUAAUGGACCCACUGAAGUAGAUUACGUGCCUGAGUACGAUGAUGAAGUAAGAGGUGUGCGGCCAGUUGCAGCCCCUGCCUUGCCCCCUGUCCAGGAGGUGUCAGGUGCUGUAGCUGGCCCUUCAGAGGGCCCACAGAAAGUCACUGUUGUUGAAGAAUGUUACGAAACUGAAGCUGAUCAAGAAUAUGGACAAAUGAUGCGAGAGAGUGAAUAUUCAGACAUGGCUGAAGCAGAACUGCAGUAUUCUUUGGAGGAACAGCCAGAAUCUGAAAUGAGCAACAUGCUUGGAAUUGAGGAACCCAUUGAAAGACCAAAGACACCAGAACCAGGCUAUGUUCCUUCAUCCCGUCCUUCACACAUAACCGCCCAAUCUCUUGAUGAAUCUGAAGAGUUUACAGAAGUUGAUAAGAGGUUUAGUGCUAUAUUUUCUACUACAUAUGAGGAGAGAGAAGAAGGUGCACGAUCACUGGUGCCAGGUCUGAGUGUGGACAUCCCAGACAUAAGAGUCACAGAACACACAUUACCCAUGCCCAGUCAGUAUUGUUAUCCAGACCUUGAGAGAGAGGAAGAUUUCCCAGAGUGCCAAGUGCAGGCUGAGGUAGAUGCGAGUGGCCAAGAUGUUCCAGCUACUCCUGGAUCACAAGAGUCUGCUUCCACUUGUGCUUCUCGGAAGUCUUCUUCAACUGACUCAGAACAAGGGAGAGAAUAUUGCCUAGAUGAUGCUGCACAAGGACUGCCAUUUGAGUCAUUUGAAAUGGUUGAAGCUGGUGACAUUGAAGAUUUCUUAGAGUAUGAGAAGACACUAAGAAUGCAUGAAAAGCGUAUGUUAGAAAUGUCCCAAAUACAAGAAGAGGAAGAGGAGGAAGUUGAGGAGGAACAAAAGGUUCAUACAUCCCCCAUAAUGCCCAGUCAGUUAAAGGCUGUCAAGCUUGAGGCUAAAAGUCUAAGGAGUAGUGACUCUCAGUCCCAGGUUUCUGAUGAAGGCAGUGAGGAAGCAGAUUCAACCAUAGAAGAACAGAGACGUUGGUUAGAACUUCAGUUUGAAGAAAGCAGUGUGUCCAACUUUGAGUAUUCUCAACCCCCAUACAUGCAGCAUGUGUAUUCAGGACCCCUGGAAGACAUUGAGGAGGAGAAAGAAGACGCUGAACGUAGAGAUCUGUCACAUGUUGUCAAAGGCUCUUCACUUUCCUCAACUCCUGAAUAUGAUGUUUUAGCUGGAAGAAAAUUUUUUACUCGUAGUGGAGAACAUGAUGAUGUAUCAAUGAGUUCACUUCAGGAAUUUGAGAAUCUUGAGAGAGCAGUGGCUGUAGAUGCUGUAGCCAGAAGAUCAAGUUCAGGUUCACAAGAAUCUUUAAAUGGGAGAAAACCAGAAGGUAAGAGUGGACAAGGUGAUGACAUUUCUGUUGGAUCAUUUGCUUCAUUACAAGAAUUUGAACGCUUAGAAGAGGAAUGUCUGGAGGCUGAAAAGAUUGAGAAGAAAGCUAAAGAAGAAGAAGCAAUGCUAUCAGAAAUUGAAGAGGGUCAUGAGAGUCAGGUAUCUGAAUCUGAGAGUUGUGAAACAAUGUCAGAACCUGGCCAAGCAUCAGUUGACGGCGAGGAAUACGACCAAAGAAUGUUUGAGAUUGAUGAAAUAAUACGUCAAGCCCAAACCAAUGUAGAGAAGUUUGAUAAGACAAAGCCUGGGUAUGAAGGAGUACAACUACAAGACAUUGUAAGCAACGGUUCCGGAAGCAGCCGUGCAGACCGGACCCCAAGUGUAGGGAGGGAAGAGGGAGAUGCAGACUCUCUAGAGGAGGCUCAGCUUCCUGAACUUGAUUUAGAUCAGUCAGCUCCUGGGGCAACUUCCACCAAGCAAGACGUAAUGACUCUCAGCACUGACAGCAUUGAAACAUCAGCAAAGCAAAAAGUUCCACGGGAAACAAGUCAAGACUCACUGGAAAAGGUGGCUACCCGCACAUCAGACCCCAUGGCCACCAGUGUUGACAGCAUUGAUCUGGCAAGCCGACAUGAUCCCAUGACCACCAGUAUAGACUCCCUGGAAGGCCGUCGCAGAGGACAAGACCCCAUGUCAGCCUCCACUGACUCCAUAGAUCCUUACCGCCGUGAUGUCAUGGCCACAAGUAUUGACAGUCUGGGCAAGGAUGACUCCAGUGGGCGAGAUGCUGAUAUAAGUUCAGGCAGUGAGCAAGUAAGACCACUUCCCAGAGAUGGUUUGAUGGAAUGGAGCACUGAUUCUCUGGAGCCAACUUCGUCACAAGCAACCCAUGCCAUCUAUCACCAGUAUGACACGGAUUCUGUUAUGUCUGGUUCUUUUGCCAGUGGCUGCUCUAACACUCUAGUUGCAUCCACUGAAGGGUUACCAGACAUGAUGACCUCUUCUAUGUAUCUCCCUGAGGGGGAGUUGCCACCUCUUGAAGGUGAGGAACAACACACCCACUAUGUGCACACCAGUAGUGGUUCAGCAGCAGAGACUGUGGCACCAUCCGCUGAGCCUGGCUUCUCUCAUUCAAUCACUAGGGUUGUUAAGUUACCACCAGAAGCACACCAGGUUACCUUUACUGGCCCUGAUGCUCAAAAGAAACUUGAGGAAUACAUCAAAGGGUUUAAUGCAGGCCAACACUCAGUCCAAGACGAGACUGUUGAUGAGCAGGGCAACGUACAUAUCCGCCGCGUCACCCAGACACGUAUUGUUGCCGAGCCAGAUCAGACUCAAGAGCAUGGCUUCUCUGUCUCAGAACCCAGCACUGUGGAAACUGAGGAGUGUGAUGAGCAUGGAAAUGUGACUCGUGUCAUUCGUCGCACAGUUGUGACAAGUCAUACCAUAGAAGUUGAUCUUGACACAGGGGAGCCCAUUGUUCAGCCAAGCUCUUCCACUCCUUCCAAAUCUUCUACCUCUGCUUCCACCUCCACCUUCAGUCCUUCCAUUUCCCGAAUACCUAGACCUGUGACCAGUCCUCCUCAAUCCCGAUCCCAACAACCUGGUCCGCCCCCUGGGUUGCGCGGCCCCUGUGAGCCUGUCCCCCCCUCCCUGGAGCCCAACACAGUAUCAGGUUUAGAUGUGGAAGAGAUGAGCAGUGGGAUGGAGGGUUAUGCCAGUGAUGGUAAUGACCCCAUGACCACUACUCAUAUCACCAGGUAUGACCCUGACCCUUUACCCAUCACCACCUCCACUACCACUACUACCACCACCACCACCACCACCAGGAUCAUCCGAAGAACGAAAGAAGAAGAUGGGGAAGUGAAAGAAGAAGAGGAAAUUUUUGAAGAAUAUUGAGGAAGACUGUGAGAAGGAAUCCAUGAAGAUGUUUGCAAGAUGUGUUCCUCUCAGUCCUCCUUGUUUGUCCACCUGCCUUCUCACUUGCUAGUAAGCUGCUGCUGCUACUAUUGCCAGCAGGACCAACUCCUCCAACCCUCCACUUACAGAAUUUAGGAUUUUCAGAAAAGUCUCAUUUUCAUGUUCAUCAUCAUGCAGUCACUUUGACUGGUGGCAUUUACUUUUAUCAGCAUUCUCCAUUUGUCUUCAUCUGGAGAUAAAUGUCUAACCAGAAAAAAGAGAGCCAUAAAAAGAAGUCAUUGGCUCUGCAGUAGUAAGUGACAUCGGUUGUCAUAGGAUCUAGUCAGGGCAGAUUCAGCAAGAAAAAUACUUUUAUUAAUGAGUGAGAAAUUUUCAUGUUUAUCACCUUUUGUGUAUUGAUGCAAAUAGUAUUCUCAACAAAAAAAAUCCAACUGUAAUACAAUUCUAAGAAAGCCAUUUUUAAAAGGUGUUUGUGAAGAAUCAUAAAAUGUAAAGGUGCACACACCCUCUUUCAGCUGUCAAGGUGUUUUUAGGUUAAGGUAUGUUCCCCUUGUGAUGUGGCAUGUUUCAUCCUAGUAUAUUAUAUCAUUACCACUACUUACUACUAAAGACAUGUCAAGUACCAUUGCUAAAUCUAUAGCCACAGGAUGAAAUAGGAAGCCAAGGGUUUAAUAGAAGCUAUGUAAUCAUUUUAAUAUUCAGGCUCUUAGAAUGGUAGAAUAUUAUUGUGGCUUAUAAACAUCCAAUUAUGGGCAUGUUGAUUGUAAGAUAGCUGGAAUAUUUACACAUAAAAUUGAUCUAUUCUCCCACAGAUUGUAUUUAUCAUGUCAACAAUUAGUUUCAAAAUAGAUUUUCAUGAGCUUGGCAUGGAAUUAUGAUAUGGUUCUAAGGAAUUGAUUAUCAAUUGUAGCUACUUGACACUUAGCUCAGAUCUGUUCUUGCCUUGUUCCCCCUCAUGGUCAUAACUGGAUGAACAAUAUGAUAAUGCCUUAGCACCUACUUCUAGAUUAUUCUCUGGCCAACAAUUGUUAUCUCUUUGUUCCCUUGAGUUGUGGUUUUGACUUAGGUUCCCAGCUGAAAGAAGGGCCAUGCUGAGAUAGUUCUAUGGCCCUUGUUCAGUCUAGUGUGCCUAAUGCAAGACUCGGUAGCUCCAAGUAUUGUGGUCACUUACCAAGUUUUCAAAUAAAUGCUUAAUGUGAAAA